AUGACUCUAAAAGUUUACGAUGAAGAGUUGGAAAUUGAUGUGCGUAACACCAUGAGAUACAAAGAUGAUGUGGCCACCAGUCAACACAUAGAGGUGAUUGAUCAAAUGGUUCUGCAAGAAAAUCCUUUAGAUUCUGAAAGGAGAUGCCCGACUAUUAUAAGCUUUAAUCUAGAAGUUUCCCAAGAAGACAAGCUCGUCAAGGUUCUGAAGAAGCAUAAAAGUGCAAUGGGAUGGGCGAUAAAAGACUUGAAGGGGAUUAGCCCUAUGGUAUGUAUGCAUAAAAUUCUCAUGGAGGAUGGUCACAAACCCGUGGUGCAAACCCAAAGAAGACUAAAUCCCACAAUGAAGGAAGUGGUUAGGAAAGAGGUUGUUAAACUAUUAGAUGCUAGGUUAAUUUAUCCCAUAUCCGAUAGCUCUUGGGUGAGUCCCGUUCAUGUGGUUCCAAAGAAAGGAGGAACUGCCGUGAUAAAGAAUGAGAAAAAUGAGGUGCUCCCUACAAGGACAGUCACGGGGUGGCGUGUGUGCAUCGACUACAGAAGGUUGAAUUUGGCGACAAGAAAGGAUCACUUUCCGUUACCAUUCAUCGAUCAGAUGUUGGAAAGGUUGGCUGGUCAUGACUACUAUUGUUUCCUUGAUGAAAGAUGCCAACAGACCAACUUGAUUCUCAACUGGGAGAAGUGCCACUUCAUGGUGCGAGAAGGCAUAGUCUUGGGUCAUAAAAUUUCUCACAAAGGAAUAGAAGUGGACCAAGCCAAGAUCGAGGUAAUAGCAAAGCUACCCCCUCCAAUGAACGAAAAAGUGGGAGCAGUUCUUGGGCAAUUUAGAGAUAAACUGUUGCAUGUCAUAUAUUAUGCUAGUCAUGUUUUGAACCCUGCACAAAUGAACUAUGCGACUACCGAGAAGGAGUUUCUAGCGGUGGUCUAUGCCUUCGAUAAAUUCAGGCAAUAUCUGUUGGGUUCUAGAGUCAUUGUUUAUACUGACCAUGUUGCUUUGAAAGAGAAUGAGGAAAAGCGUCCAAUAAAGGAUGAGUUUGCUGACGAACACAUCCUCGUUGUUAUUGGAAUGCCAUGGUUCGCAGACUACACAAACUAUAUAGUAGGCGGGGUGAUCCCUAGCGAAUUUGACUCUAACAAAAAGAAAAAGUUUGUGCAUGAUUGUAGGUUUUACUUGCGGGAUGACCCAUUUUUGUACAAGAAAGGAGUAGACGGGUUGGUUAGAAAAUAUGUUCCCGAAGAAGAACAGAGAUAUGUCCUAAAAGCAUGCCAUGACUCUGACUAUGGUGGACACUUUAGUGGUGAUAGACCCGCAGCCAAAGUCCUCCAGUCAGGCUUAUACUGGCCCACACUUUUCAAAGAUGCUCAGCAAUUAAUCAAAGAGUGUGAUAAGUGUCAAAGGAUGGGAAACAUUUCAAAAAGAAAUCAGAUGCCGCAGAACCCCAUGUUGCAAGUUGAACUCUUCGAUGUUUGGGGUAUCGACUUUAUGGGACCAUUUCCACCUUCAUUUGGAAAGAACUACAUUUUGGUGGCGGUGGAUUAUGCAUCCAAGUGGGUAGAAGCAGUUGCUCUACCAACGAAUGAUGCAAAAGUGGUGGUCAGGUUUCUAAAGGAAAAUAUAUUUGUCAGGUUUGGAGUGCCAAGAGCUCUAAUAAGUGAUGAAGGAACUCAUUUCUUAAAUCACCUAAUGGAGAAGCUACUUUUGAAGUAUAAAGUAAAACAUCGUAUAGCCACUCCGUACCACCCGCAAACAAGUGGUCAAGUUGAAAUGUCGAAUAGGCAGCUGAAACAAAUUCUGGAGAAGACGGUUAACUCAUCUCGCAAAGAUUGGGCAAGUAAGCUUAAUGAUGCACUUUGGGCAUACCGAACUGCUUUCAAAACACCGAUUGGUAUGUCUCCUUAUCAAUUGGAAUGGGGAUUGCAAGCUGAAGUUCACCGAAUGUUCCAUACCUUAGAUAUGUUGGAAUUCAUGCAGUUAGAAGUGCCAACUUUUGCGCGUAUUACUCUUGAAUUCUUGAGUACCAUUGAAUUUAAGCUGAAAAAUCGGUGGAAUGGAACGGAGAAAGAGUACUAUGGUACUUUUCAUUUUCGUUUAUUUAAUACUGAUCUGGAAUUGUGUGUGGAUGAGUUGGGGAUUAUCCUAAAACUCCCAAUAGUAGGCCCUGGAACGGUGCCCGAUACUCUUGUUCCGACGAAAUUUUGGACCGCUAUAACAGGUAAUGCUAAAUAUGUCUCCAUAGGGGAAAAAGCAUCGGGUAUCCAUAACCCUUGUUUCAGGUACGCUCAGAAGGCUUUGGCGUACACCAUGUUCGGUCGCGGUGAUAGCACCGGUGUCGCCACCCAAAGGGAGUUGUUCUUUCUAUACAGUAUGGCAGCACAAACUCCUAUCAAAGUAGCAGUAUUUGCAACUGACUACCUAGGUAGAGUUGGUCGCGCUACCUCAGGCGACAUUUAG